CUGAAUUCGCCUCGUUGCCCCUUCGGGAAAUUUUCGCCAAAGUUCGCAAAGCAGGCCGUGCUGAUAAAAACAAUUGAAUUUUACCGUAUUUUUUCACUUUCCAUUUGGAUUUUGCCGAAGUAAUUUCUAGUGAUACUUUCCCAGUUUUUUUAGUGCAUCAUUAGCAGCAUUUUUUCACAUUGUGAUAUCAAUCAUCCGGUUUGAAAGAAGAAGUAAAAGCAAAGAUGCCAGGACUUGAUGGGGUUUCCUCCCUUCCGGAGGGCAAUUACACAAUCAUCAGCGUGGACAUUGAUACGACGGGGCGGAGACUCAUUGAUGAGAUUGUUCACCUGGCCGCCUACACUCCGGACUCACAGUUCUCUCAAUACGUGAUGCCGUACAUGAAUCUCAAUCCGGCAGCCAGGCAACGACAUCAGGUGCGUGUCAUCACCAUUGGCUUCUUCCGGAUGCUAAAGAGCAUGCAGACGUACAAGGUGAUGAAGACCAAGCCUGAAUAUGCUGCCCUCGUGGACUUUCUGGGGUGGCUGGAGGAGCAGAAAGCCAAACAACAGGACUCCAAGGGGCUCAUCCUCCUCUACCACGAACAGAGGAAAUUCGUGCCCUACAUGCUCCUCGAGGCCUUUAAGAAAUACGACAUGCUUCCGCGGUUUGAAAAAUCGGUGGCAGGAUUUGCCAACAUGUACAGCCUGGCGGAGAAGGAGUGCGGGGCCACUCUGAAGUACUUCACGCUCAGGGAACUGUCCAAAGUGAUUUUGAACACGGAAGAGGAUGACAAGAAUGACUUUGAAGGCAGUGCCAAAGUCCGUUCCAGGAUAACUUAUGAAGUUGCUCGAGUGCUGGCCAUUAAGACCCUGGCUAAUCCUGCUUCUGUCAAGAAGGAGGAAGAAGCUACUCCUCAGGAUGCUCCUCAGGAAGAGCCCAAGGAUCCACAGGAGGAGCCACAGGCUGAGCCAAAAGCUGAGCCAAAGGCUGAGCCAAGUGAUGAGGAUAAGAAUUCUGUUUUUCAUCGUGUGAUUCUGGGCAUGAGCAGCAGCCUGGAGAAGAAUAAGCGUGAACUGAGUGGACAGCAGACCAUCCUGGAUCGGCAGAAUUCACUGAGGUCCAUCUUCAUCAACUACUUCAAGACGACGCUCUACCAUCGCGUGAAGGGCGUGACGUACAGACGCGUCCUGGCUGAGCAGGGCUUCGACAUGGUCAAGCUGCAGGAUAUCUGGAUGGAGGGAAAGCGCGACGGUCUCAAGGGGGCCGUCGAUGGGCUGGAAGAGCUGAAGGACGAGGACAAGGUGGAGCUGACUGAGCUCCUCGAUUGUCACUUUGACCCGGACAAACAGCCCAUCAAGCCGGCCGUGAGGAAGAAUAACAAGAGGCGUCGCAUCCAUUUUGGAGGCGGAGGAGGCGGAGGAAGCGGAGGAGGAAGGCAACAGCACAGAAUUAUACCGAGGAAGAAGAAGAUGCCUAAGCAGGCUCACAAUCAACAGAACAAUCAGCAGCAGCAGCAGAAUCACGAUCAUCAGAAUCAGCAGCACAGCAAUCGCGGUGGAAAUUAUCACAACAAUCGUGGGACUCCGCAAAAGAAGCAAAUGCAGCAUGUGCAGAAGGACUUCCAGCAGAAUGCUAGAGCGGAUGUCCCCCUGGAGAUGUCUCCUGCCGCAGUAGCUCAGAUUGUUUCCUAAGUAUCCCCCCUGCUCCCCUUUUUUUCAUAAGUGUUUCCCGGGCGAAGGAAAUAUGCAACAGGACCUUUGGCAAUGGAUGAAAACGAUGAAAAAUUCAAUUUUCUCUCGAAUAUGGAACUUUAAAAAAAUCUAAAUUGGAAUCUCUAUCUCGAAAUGGGAUGAAAUUGAGGACUGAUGAUGCUGAAGUUUGAAAACUUAGUUUUUGGGGGCGCUUUUUGGUUGCGCCAAUUUACAUUAGAAAUAAUUUAUCUUUCUUCCUUGAUUUUUGAUUUAAAAUGAAAAUUGAAUUUUUUUGCACUCUAAAAAGAAAAUUGUGAUUUGUGUAGAUUUAACUCAGUAGUUUUUAAUUUUACUACAUUGAUUUGUUCUUUGGCAAAUCAGUUUGGUAUUAAUUGUGUAAAAAAAAAGAAGAAAUGUUUGUUGGAAGGAAAAAAAGAAUAAUUCUAUUUUUGGCGUUGAAAAAUUUGGAAAGGAAAAGAAAAAAAAAUAUUGUGAAUUAAUGCAAAAAUUAUUGAGAAUUAUUUAUAAAUGGAAAAAAUGCGUAAUAGAUUUUGCUUGAAGAACUCCAAA